AUGAGUCAUUCAUCUUCUCCAAAUAAUAGGGGAUCUAUAUUUGGAUGGGCAAAAUCUUUAAAACGUUCACAUUUAUUAUCAAAUGAAUCUGUUAAUGAUAUAAGUGAUAAUGAUUCUAUAUCAAGAUCUCCUACUAAAUUAUUUGGUAAUAAUAUUAAUCAUAAUAAUAAUAAUAAUAAUAAUAACCUAAAUAACCUAAAUAAUAAUAAUCAAUCACAACCACAUAGUCCCUUAAAUAUACCCAAUAAUUCUAAUAAUAAUAGAAAAAAUUCAUAUGAUUAUCAACCUCAGCAACAACCACAACAAGAAUCUCCUACUUUUAAUCAACAAUAUUUAGGUACUUCUCCUACAACUUCAACAACUAAUCAUUCAGAUUUUUUACGACCUUUAUUAAAUCAUAAAUCAAGAUCAACAAAUAAUGUAUCAAGAGUUAGAUCUAAUUCAUUAAAUCAAUCAGAAAAUAGUUUAAGACAACAUAGAGAUUCUUUUUUACAAAGUAAUUCAUUAGUUGAUGAAAAUUCAAAAUAUUUUGGUGUACCAUUACAACAAGCAUUAAAUGAAGCAUGUGCUAAAAUAUCUAUAUUAACAGGUGAUCAAUCUGAUGGUUUACAAUAUGGUCAAAUUCCAAUAGUUGUUGCAAAAUGUGGAGUAUUUUUAAAGAAAAAUGGUUUAACAGUUGAAGGUAUAUUUAGAGUUGGUGGCUCAUCAAGAAGAUUAAAAGAUUUACAAGUAAUUUUUAAUACUCCUCCAACUUAUGGAAAAAAAUUAAAUUGGGAUGGUUAUACAGUUCAUGAUGCAGCAUCAAUUUUAAGGAGAUAUUUAAAUGCAUUACCAGAACCUUUGAUACCGUUGAAUAUGUAUGAUGAUUUUAGAGAUCCAUUAAAGAAUAAAUCAAGAAUAAUAAGUUAUAUGAAAUAUAAAGCAGAAAAUCCAUCAAAAAAUAUCAAAACUUCAAGUACUGAAGAUGUAUUAGAUUCAACUCAAUUAUUAACAGAAGCAAAUAUGGGAAGAUUAAAUGGAAAUGACAUAGAACAAGAAUCUAAAAGUGAAUCACAAAUACAACAAUCAUCAAGUUCUCUACCUCAACAACAAUCACAACAUUCACAACAGCCACAAUCAAGUGAAGAAGAUUUAUCAUUAAAAAACAAGAAAAAAUCAAAAAACUACAAAAAGCUAACGCGAGAUGUUCAUUCAGCUAUUGAAGAAUAUAAGAUAUUAGUAAAUGAAUUACCAAAUGCUUCAAAACAAUUAUUGUUUUAUAUAUUAGAUUUAUUAGCAAUGGUUCAAAAUCAUCUGAAAGAAAAUUUAAUGAGUUCAAGAAAUCUAGCGGCAAUUUUUCAACCACUGAUUUUAUCACAUCCAAAUCAUGAUCUCGAUCCUGAUGAAUAUGCAUUAUCUCAAUUAGUCGUUGAAUUUUUAAUUCAAUAUGCUUAUAAAUUAUUACCGACUCAUACAAUGAAGAUAUCACCACCAGCACCACCACAACAACCGCAAAAUAAUCUGGGAACUAUUGAAAGUGAUGUAACUUCAACAAGUACAACUCCAUUAGAAGGUCCUCCAUCAAUAAUUUUAGAAACUUCAAAAGCUCAACCUCAACAACCACAACCUCAACCAAACCCAAAACCUCAACCACCAAAAUUUAGUCGUAGGCAUUCAAAAAGUUUAAGCUCAGCAGCAAAUCAUGAUGAUAUGGUUGUUGGUUAUCAAAGUAAUGUUACUGGUUCAAUACCUUUUGAUUCAGAUAUGGAUUGUGAUCUUUCAGAUGAAAAUGAAAUUGGAUCAGAUGUUGAUGAUUUAUAUUUUCAACAAUUAAAAUUAAAUAAUGGUGGUGAAAUAAGUCCUAUUAAAAAGAUUUUGGGGACAAAAAUUAAAUCAUCAGUAACAGAAGAACCAGAACCAGUGGCUAUUGUUGUAACUGCUCCAUCAACUGGUUCGAUACCUAAAGUUGAAAAUAGUAAAAUAUAA